AUGGCUUCAUCUGUACAUUUCCAGAGUCAUCAGCUUAAUGGUUCGGUGCAAGUGCAGAUGGAUGAAGAGUCUAUUGACCAUGCAAUAUUUGUGCCAGGAAAUUCGAUUUCAAAGAUUGAAGAAGAGCCCAAGUUGAGAAAACAGCAUUCAGAGGAUAUGUCAAAUAUCGACAUGCCUAUUUUGUACAUAGCUAAAAAGAUUUUAUAUACAGUGUUUCUUAUCCCAGCAGUGUUACUCGUAGCGAUAAUAUCCCCGGACGAGUCUCAAUAUUUCAUAUUCUCAAGCUUUAUCUCUAUGUUACUAGAUCCUUUGUUUCUGUACAUUCCCCUCAUCAAUGAGGAGAGGAAGUGCCUCAUGUUGGACAAGAAGUUGAUGACAGCAGCUCUUAUUCUGCGAAUCGUCACAGAUCUUCGCUAUGUCAUGAAAAUAGGUUCCAAGACUAUAAAGUGUCGGCGAUGUCCUAAGAAAAUAGCUGGGAGCAUUGCAACUGACGUUGUCGCUAUUCUUCCUAUUCCACAAGUACUAGGGACGUUUUGGUAUUUUUUCUCUAUCCAACGAGAGAUAGACUGUUGGAAUUAUGCUUGCCACAGGGAAUUUAGAACUCAUUGUGAUGCCAAUGCAGUCAGAAAUGUUACAUUCCUAAAAGUUGCAUGCCCUAUAAACCCACCGGAUGCCGCAAAAUUCGACUUCGGUAUAUUUCUUUAUGCUCUUCAAUCUGGUGUGCAAGAAUCAACAAACGUACCACAAAAGUUAUUGCUAUGUUUCUCGUGGGGCUUACAAAAUUUGAGUUCUUUUGGUUCCAACCUCAAGCCCAGUACCUAUGGAUGGGAAACCUUAUUUGUCGUUGCUAUUUCUAUAAGUGGCUUGGUGCUAUUUAUAUAUUUCCUCGGACAUGUGCAGACAUUUAUGCAGAUUGCUGGCAAAUCAGAAAGGUCCCGUCAAAAGUGGAAUAAGAUUUUGGAACCAAAAAUAAGAUCCAUGUUACCCGAAUAUGGUCUCACUGACGAAGUGAAAAAAAGCAUCGAGAAUGUGGUAAAAAUGAAAGAUUUAGAUGACCCAGAUUUCCUUCUGGAGAACAUGUUCUCAAUUUUUUCCUUCAAGCAUGAAGUAGAAGACCAAACUCUUCAAGUGGAACUAACUUCCAUCAGAAAUAGUCUCUUCUUGGAGAAGUUAAAGAGAUUUUCGGGGCUUCAUAUGAACAAAUUGAAGGAAAUCUGUAAGCACCUUGAUCCGGUGGUCUAUUCUAAGGGAAAAUAUAUUAUUCGAGAGGGGGAGCCUCUCGAUAUGAUGUUCUUCAUCACCCAGGGCAUUGCACUCACGUACGCCACUGAUCGGUCAAUAACCACUGAGCGUCUUGAGAAAGGAGAAUGCUUCGGUGGAGAUCGUCUAAUGACUUGGGCAGCAACAGCAUCAACUUCCUUUUCCGACUUGCCCAAUUCACGUAAAACUGUCAAGGCUCACAAGAAUGUCGAACUCUUUGCUCUCCGGGCUGCUGAUUUACAGAGGAUUUUGUCUCAGCCGUCGAGCCAUUUCAGCAAUGAGGGCACCCAUUCAGAUGGUUAUAUAGAGACCAAGGUUAUACAGACGGUUCUGUCCCGAUUGCGGGAUUAUGUAAUUAAACCACGUUGGCUCACCACUCAUGGCUAA